AUGAAAUCAAUCGAGAACAUUGGAGACUUGGCACAGCUCGACACACUUGCGAUUGAAAUAUGGGAUGAUGUGGUGUAUAGCAGCAAUACUUUCAAUGGUCGUGAAGAUACCUUGAUAUACGUAUUAUUCCAUUUACAACACAUGGCGCUUGGAUAUGAAUUGACGGAUUCAAGUUUGCCGCAUGCACUGCUCUGUAAGCCGCAACAAUCGCUGACUUUGCAAUGCUCAGAUGAUGUCUCGGGCUAUAUCAUUGACAUGGAGCAAGAACAUUUUAAAAACAUCGCUUUCCAUCGGGAUUCCGUCAUAGGAUAG